AUGAGGUCAGUUUCAUUUUUUUUUAUUUUCUUGGUCUUUAAUUAAAAAAUUGUGUGUCAUUGAAUUUUUUGAAAACGGAAGAGAAUACUCUAAAGGUCAUAAUUUUUUGGAAUAUUAGAUGAGAUUCAUGUGUGUGAAGAUCAUUAGGGUCAAAUCGGCGUUUUUUUUCUUUUUUGCACAUUAAAUUCUCAGGUUGAUAAACGAAGAAAAUUCCUAUAAUAUAAUCCGGUUACCUUUUAAUGAUCGACAAGUUUCAGAGAAUGUAGGUUUUUUUUUAAAUUAGCUGUUUUGCAGAUAUAUAGAAAUCUUAAACGAUUGAGGAGUUCAAAAAAAUCCGAGCCCUAUUUCUGAAUUUGAAAAAAAAACCAAAAAUGACUUCCCAACUUUUUCGUCAUUCAAAGCUUUGCUUACAAGGCAAAGUUACGGAUAAUUUUUGUCAAAUGAAAAUUGACAUCAACAGAUUAGUAUAUCCUGAAAUGAAUCCUAGGAUGCACGCACAAAUCACCUAAAAUAUAUUUAUAAUUUUCCUAGAAUAUGUGAAAAACUUUAAUGUAACCGAACGCGGCUAAACAACUCUUUUGAAACAGUAUAAAAAUAUAUCCUCUGGAUUCAUUUACAACACUUGGAAAAAUAACACGUCAUAACUAUAUAUCGGAUGAUUCUACUAGAAAAAUUUGAUUUUUCAGUUUUUUUUUUUAAUAAAAUACUUUCUAAACAUUUUUCAGAUGAGAAAUUCAGCUAUUCCAAAAACCAACCGAAUGUUUCUGAUUUCUUGAAUAAAUUCAUACUGAAUUCUUGAUUUCUAGAACUUUUCAAUUCACCUUCCACCCUUCCUGACCGAUUUCUGAUUAUCAAAAGGUUCUACCUCCAACAAAAAUAAUGAAAUCAUCGAAAAAACGUAAUCUGUCUCGUCAUGGUUGAUGUUUUGAUUUUGCAGAAAUUUCUAAAAUUAUACAUACAAAUCAAUUUUGCGCGAUUUUUCGAACUCAAAAGCGUUUACUUAACGCUUGAUUAUUUUUCUCACCAACUUAAAAAACACAAGUUCAUCUUUUUUUUGGUGGUAUUUUAAUUUCCGCUCGCUUGCUGACACUUUUCGGGGGGUAUCGAAAUGACUUUUUUGUAUAUACAUACGCUAGAAGUUUGCCUAACUACAGAUCGAAAAAAAUUUUCAGAUUUAGAAGAAUAAAAAAUUCUUGAUAAACGUAAACGUCAUUGUUUGUUUAUGAGGGGCCUUUCAACUUUUAAUUUCUGCUUUUAUUUUUCAUCUCUUUUGGAAAUGGAAUUUGAAUUAAUUAAGGUUUCGAUUUCUUUUGUUUGUUUCGAAAUUGAUUUUGGGAUUGCUCAGAGUUCCAAGAAUUCAUUUUACCGUUUUUGGUUCGGCAAACACGCCUCCUUUUUUGCACCGCCCACUUUUCAUUUUGGUAAAGGUCUUUUAGAUUUUGUCUAUAUAUCACGCUAUUUUAUAGCCAGAAUAUCUCACAAAUUUUACAAAUUCACAAAUUCACACAUUGAAUUAUAUUUGAAAGUUCCGAAGUACAAUUUGUUUUUUCUUGUUAUUAGUUUUCAAAACCAAGUUUUUCAUAUUUUAAAAACGACAAAUAAAAAGUUAUAUAUCUUCAAUCUAGCAUAUAAAGUCAAUAAUUUCAGCUUGAUAAUUUUGAGCAUUUUUGAGAAAGAUGAUGUUUCUCAUUAGCUCCUAAUUAAUGAAACGAGAAAAAUGCGAAAAUCUCGAAAAUUUUCUUUUGCCCUACACAAAUUAGCAAUCAUUUCUCACAAGACAUGUUCUUGUUCUGAAAUAUUUCCAUUUUAUGUUCUCACUGUUUUGUGUUAUUUUGAUCGAAAUAUUGAAUCGUUUUCAGUGGUUUCGACGAUACCCAAGGGGGACAAGAGGGAAUGACGCAAGUCGAAUACAUUGCUCAUGUUGUUGUUAUGCCAGUUGUUCUUUCUAUAGGUAUGUGGUAUUCAAAGAAUUAAGAAAAGAAAAUAGUUGAAAGAAUUUUUUUAGGAAUGAUAAAUCAAUGUCUGAAUGUUUGCACAUUAUUGCAUCUACCAUCUGGAUGUUUUAUGUAUCUCAAAGCUUCUGCAAUCGCAGAUAUCUUAAGUAUAAUCUGUUUUCUACCUUUCCUUUUGAGACAAGCUUCAUUGAAUGAUCAAUCUUGGGAAGCUGGAAUGUUAUAUCAUGCUCACGUAGAGCUUCCCCUAAUUAAUGCAUUAAUCACGGCUAGGUAAGUUGGGUUUGACAAAAAACGAACUGAAUAAUUCUUCUUCUGCGAUCAAAGAUCAAUUUUGUUUUUAGCGCGCUGAAUAUCGUUGCAAUGACAGUUGAUCGAUAUUUGUCCGUGUGCCACCCGAUAAAAUUUUUCCACGCAAGCGACUCAAAAAUUCGCAGUUUGUGUGUUAUUUUCUUACUCUACUUGACAGCGUUCCUCAUUUAUAUCCCAUCGAUUUGGCAGAAAAAAAUUAUCAAAGUCACAACACCUGAACCGUAAGCACCAAUUUUUCCAGAAAACAAUCAUUAUGAUAAAUUUAGGUUUCAUUUUAAAAUUGAAAGGAAUCGGGAGGUAGAAGAUCUUCAAAUUUUCCGAAUUUAUCUUCUUCUUCGCGAAUGUUUUACUCGUUGGGGACCUGUUAUUGUUCUCGUUGUUCUCAAUAUGGCAAUGGUUCGAAGUUUGAGAAAACUCGAUAAAAGACAAUCAAAAUGGGGAAGAGCAUCAAGAUUGUCAAGAAGUGCGCGAACUCGAUCAGUUCGAAGUGCAAGAGAUGAUCGAGGCAGAAUCUCUGCAUUAUUGCUCGUCACCUCAACAACAUUUAUUAUUUGCAAUUUACCAGCAUCUUUCCUCUCUCUAUUUAUAUCGUGAGUUUGAAGAACACAUUUUUAACAAUCCUAAUUAUUAUAAAAAAUUGCAGGAAUUUGCAAACUUCCCCCUCAACAGCAUAUCAAAUAUUCCGAUCGGUUUCAAAUCUUCUUCAAGUUACCAGUUAUCUAUACAAUUUUUAUUUGUAUGCUUUAUGUUCUUCGGAAUAUCGUCAAGCAUUAUGUCGACUUCUUGGGUGUAGAAAAGCAAAUUCACCAAUUUCAACCGGCGAUUCGCCAACAAUUCGAAAUUCACACAAUGUGAGAAGAGGGCAGAUACAGUAAGUUAAUCUUUGACUUGAAUUUUUCCUCUACAAAUCAAGAAUUUUCCAGAACUGUUAUUGAUUUGGAUCAAGUUCGCGGAGUUCCUGAAGUUGUUGCAUUAACCGAAAUGAAUUGA